AUGGCUCAUCACUGCAUUACUCGCGCAGUCCACAUAUUGAAUCACGAAAGGUCAUUCAGGGAAGCCGUGAAGUCUAUCGAUCAGGCUGUCGGAAGGGCCCUCCCGUCCAACAAACGGUACGAUUGUGUCCGCGUAUUGACACUGAAAUAUGACAAUGAUGAUAUAGGACUGGCCGAUAUUGAGGCAGAACUCUUGCGACUUUUUCAGAAUCGGUUUCACAAUGCGACGGACUCGGUGGUCGUUCCUUCGUCGUCAGUCCGUGAUGCAACCCUUGCUAUUCGCGGAAAACUUCAAAGCCUCAUCUUGCAAUACGACACCCCGACUACCCUUUUCAUCAUUGUGUAUAAAGGUUAUUCCGAUGCGAAUCUUAAGCAGCCAUCUCUCCUUUACAUAUCAUGUAGGUCCUGGCUAUUUUCCUCCUGGAAAAUUGAACAACAGGUUUACGAAAUACGUAGGGGCGCGGCGUAUCCAGGCGCAACUUCUAUUCCGUGGGCCUUCGUGGAGGCAGAUUUGGCCGCAAGGGUUCAUGCUGAUGUGUUUGUUAUGCUGGAUUCAUGUUUCUCCCCUGGCGCGGCAAUGGGACCUACAGCUUAUGAGUAUCUGGCAGCUUCCGCAUUUGAAUCUCCAGCGGCGGCCAGUAUCGACGUCUCCUUGACUCGUCGGUUUGUUGAUUUGCUAAAUGCAUUAGAGACGGAGGAAAUCACGGUCGCUCAGGUGCAUGCCAAGCUGGUUCAGAAAGCCAACCAUGCCGAGAGCCGCCUCCUGUACACUCCUGUCCAUGUCGUCUCAGAGAAGAAGCCAUCAGUUACUCUCCACCCCCUCCAGAAUCUCUCAAGAGAAGUGGCCAGUCUUCAGAAGACCGGUGGAUUGGCUGAUGGGAAGGUUCUUGUCUCUGUGUUAGUGGAGGGAAAGACAAGCGUUCCUAACGUCGAGCAAUGGACAAAGUGGCUGGCAACAUCUAUCCCCGAAGACGUCGCCGAUAUCAAAAUCGAAGCCGUGUUUGAGUCGGGCUCGUCGUUAUGUCUGCUCACCCUGCCAAUCGCCGUAUGGGAUAUGAUAAAAUACCAUGAGUCGUACAACUUUAUCGCUUUUGUCGAGUCGAACAAUACCCUUCUACGCCGCUCACCUGCCCCCCCUGGUACUGGUGCCCUCGAAAGUCGUGCCAGAAACGUUAGAGUCCCUCAUAGAGAGAAGCAGUGA